AUGGCUCCCUCCGGGCUGCUGCUCUUUCUUCUCGGGCUCCCGUUCACCGCCUUUGUGCUGCUGAGCAAAGCGUUCUUCCUCCAGCUGCUGACGGCUCGUGAGCCCUGCGAGCUGAAAGGAAUUAUGGCUGCUUCUCAGAAUGUCACCAAAAGAACAGCAAGCUCCAGCAACGCCACCUUCCACCAGCUGUACGAUCACCUGUUGACCAACUACAAGAAAGGUGUCCGGCCUGUGAAGGACUGGAGGAGCACCACCAAUGUGGCCAUCGACAUCAUGGUCUACGCCAUCCUCAGUGUGGAUGAAAAGAACCAAGUUCUGACAACGUACAUCUGGUACAGACAGUGUUGGACCGACGAGUUUCUGACGUGGAACCCGGAGGAUUUCGACAACCUCACCCAGAUGUCCAUCCCCACGCAGGCCCUUUGGGUCCCUGAUAUCCUGAUCAAUGAAUUCGUGGAUGUGGGCAAGUCUCCUGACAUCCCCUACGUCUACAUUUUCCACACGGGAGAGGUGCAGAACCUCAAGCCGGUCCAGGUGGUGACGGCCUGUAGCCUGGACAUCUACAACUUCCCCUUCGACGUACAGAACUGCUCUCUGACCUUCACCAGCUGGCUGCACAAUAUCCGAGACAUCAACAUCUCCUUGUGGCGAUCCCAAGAGGCCGUGAAAACCGACAAGAGCGUCUUCAUGAACCAGGGGGAAUGGGAGCUCCUGCACGUGUUGAGCCAUUUCCGGGAGUUCAGAGUGGAGAACGCCUCCAGUGAGAGCUAUGCAGAGAUGAAGUUCUUUGUGGUCAUCCGGAGACGCCCGCUCUUCUACGCCGUCAGCCUGCUGCUCCCCAGUGUCUUCCUGAUGGUGAUGGACAUCGUGGGCUUCUACCUGCCCCCGGACAGCGGGGAGAGGGUCUCCUUCAAGAUCACGCUGCUGCUGGGCUACUCGGUCUUCCUGAUCAUCGUGUCUGACACCUUGCCGGCCACCGCGAUUGGGACCCCGCUGAUCGGGGUCUAUUUUGUGGUCUGCAUGGCCUUGCUGGUGAUCAGCCUGACGGAGACCAUCCUCAUUGUGCGGCUGGUGCACAAACAGGACCUGCAGCCGCACGUCCCCAACUGGGUGAAGCGUUGGGUGCUGGAGCGAGCCGUCGUCCUGCUCUGCAUCAGAGACAGGAGCGCCUUCUGCCCGGUCCGCACGCAGAGCUCCGAUAUCUCCCGGCACGUAGAGAAUAACGGCAGCACAGCCAAACUGAACCAUUACAACAGUGACUAUGAUGGAGCAGCGAGUGGGACAGUGCCCCAGGCCCAGGGAGGGGGCUCGCACGUCUUCGAAAGCAUCCUACAGGAGAUCGCUGCCAUCCGGCAGUUCCUGGAGAAGCGGGAUGAAUUCCGUGACAUCGCCCGCGAAUGGCUGCAGGUGGGCUACGUUCUGGAUGUGCUGCUCUUCCGGGCUUACCUGGUCGCUGUGCUGGCCUACAGCAUCACACUGGGGACUCUGUGGUCCAUCUGGCAGUACGCCUGAGAC